AUGAAUUUAAAAGAUACUUUGUCAAGAAACACAAUGGCAUUUCACGAAUUAGUAGAAGCAGAAUGUGGUGUUCCCAGUUCGUUGAUACGCCUUACUUCGCAUUAUGUGAAAGAUCAUGGUUUCAAGGAAGAAGGAUUACAUCGUCCUUUUAUACCACCAGAAUCAUUUCAACCAACAGAUUCUGAACAAUUGGUGAAACAGUUUAUUGAAGAAACUUCAUGUCCACAAACGUUUCGAAUGGAUAAUUUAUUACAAGAAAUGCGUGAGAUAGAUCAAAAUAUACAACCACCUGUAGCAGCACCAGGAGUAGUCAAGGAAUUAACGGGUUCGGAUACAUCUUGGGCGAAUCAAUAUCUAGAAUCUGGGAGACACUUUGUUGAACAUCAUGCUGAUGAUAUUUGGAAUGCUUCAGCGAUGAAAAACAAUCAACCUUCGAUUAUUCAAGCUCAAGAAACCCACGAAUUUGGAUUGGAUCCAAAAUGGGCGGAAGAAUAUUUGGAGCAUAGUAUAGAUAACGUAGAAAAUAAAAUUACCAAUCGUGAAGUAGCGGAAACAAUAGAUAAUAAUGAUAAAUCUAAAUUGACUUAUUCGAAAUUUAUGAAAUUUAUGAGACAGGAGGGUGAAGUUUUGAAGGAUGUUGAAUUAUCAUUACCAGAUUCCGAUAAUAUGGAUAAUUGGACGGAAGAAUAUAUCAAUCAAAAAAGUGAUCAAAAUACAUCAGAGAAUACUAACGAUGAAAAUAAAGUUUUGAAUAAAUUAGAAGAAGAUUUAUCCGUGGCUGGUACUUGGAUAGAUGAAUUUGAAAAAGAAAAUAUGUUUUCUGCUGAUGCCGACAAUUACGAGUCUACGUUUUGGACGCGUCUUCAAAACGAAUGGGAUAAGAUAUCAUCGUCGGAUGAUAUUUCAACGGUAAAUCCAUGGAUAUCAGAUGACGAAGCAUAUUAUGAACCAUUUAAGGAUUACGUUUUUCACGAUGAAAAUCCUAUGAAAAAUUUGCCAGAUGCAUUGGAGGAAGGUAUAAAAAGAUUGAACGCUGGUGAUUUGCCUAGCGCGGUACUUUGUUUUGAAGCAGCUGUACAACAAGAUGAAAAUAAUUCAGAAGCUUGGUUACUUCUUGGCAAGACACAAGCAGAAAAUGAGCAAGAUCCUUUAGCUAUUUCUGCAUUAAAACGUUGUCUGAAACUUGAUCCAUUAAAUUGUACAGCUUUAAUGGCUCUUGCAGUUUCUUAUACAAACGAAUCUUAUCAAAAACAAGCAUGUUUUACGUUAAAAGAAUGGUUAUUGAAAAAUGAAAAAUACAAACAUCUUGUUAUCACGAAAAGUCCCACAGAAGAAAACAAAUUAAAAUUCAACAACGUAUCAACAAUUUUAUUCGAUGAUGUACACAAUGAAGUAAAAAAAUUAUAUAUAGAAGCAGCUAGAAUGAUUCCUCAUGAUCAAAUAGAUGCCGAUGUUCAGUGCGGUCUUGGCGUGUUAUUUAAUUUAUCUAGUGAAUUCGAUAAAGCUGCUGAUUGCUUUCAAGCUGCUUUACAAGUUCGGCCUGAUGAUUCUAGAUUAUGGAAUCGAUUAGGAGCAACAUUAGCUAACGGUCAACGUUCAGAAGCAGCAAUAAAUGCGUACCAUCGUGCCUUAGAAUUAUCUCCAGGUUUUAUCAGAGCACGUUAUAAUCUUGGAAUUUCUUGUAUUAAUUUAGGAGCAUACAAGGAAGCCGGAGAACAUUUACUUACAGCUUUGAAUCAACAAGCUGCUGGUAGAGGAGUUCAUGGAGAACACAUAACACCUAAAGCAAUGUCUAACACAAUAUGGUCGACUCUUAGGCUAGUUUUGUCAUUGAUGCACAAACAUCCUUUGUAUGAAGCCAUAGAUAAUAG